AUGGCCAGCGCGCACGAGGGAACGAAAGAGGAACAACGUUCCGAUGUGGAGGAGAUUGUCGUACCGGACCGGUUAGCAGGUGGAUCCAGCUCCAACUCCUUCGAUGUGCUGCUACCAAACUGUGUUAUCACGCGAGAAGAGGAGCAAACGACCAGCGGCAGUGGGAGCGGCAACAGCAGCACCGCCACCACCACCACCACCCAUCGACGGUGGCACGACGACAACCAGCACGGCCACCGAUCGCAAAUCCACUCCAGUCCGGUCGGUACGACGGCAGUACGGCAACGGGGUACGGCAAGACGUACCUCGUGUUCGCGUGCAACCGGCGGUCCCUCGCUGGCCCGCUCUCCCCCCGAUGUCACGAUGAAACAGCAGCAACAUCAAGCAUUGAUGCGCCACAGCACCGACAAUUUGAGAGCUAUUAAUAAUCACCACAAGCAACUGAACCGGGCAGGCUCAGCGAACGCGAACCGUACCGUCACCGACCGGCACGAUCAUCACGAGGCUUCAUCCGAUUGUUUCGGCUGCUUCCCGAUGGCUCCGGUUGGUGUGACUGGCGCGGUUGGCACCGGUGACACUGGUUUAGGCAAUCAGGGUAAGGCAAAGUAUAGCAACCACCGUACAGCAACGGUGGCGAAGGAGAACAGUGGAGCUCGCCUCGAUCAGUCCACCUCACAGGACAGCACAGCAUCGCCCGGAUCCGGAACCGUUCCAUCGGCACCCACUCUGGAACUGACAAUCGAUACCGAGCCGGUGCCCGUGGUGGUGAAUGGUGGCCUAGGGACGGUCAGUCCGGCGAAUGCUGAGUUUCUCGAUAAGCUCCCACAGCUGGAGGACAUCAUGGAGAGCCCACUGCUGAAGACACCGGUCGAGAAGUGGCUCCAGACGGAGGAUAGAUUGUCGAGACGAGAGGACAGUUCUACAAAUUACGCUAACGAAGAACCUGUUCGCAGUCCCGAUCUUUACAGCAGUCUGUUCGGUCCGAAGAUCAGUGCCAGCGAGAACAUCCCCGGUACCCCGAUGGACACUCCGGAUAUCGUGUCGGAGUUUAACAAAAGCUUCAACUCCAGCACGGCGAGCAUCAUCAAUGAGAGGCGCCGUUCCUCGACCAAGCUACUGACGGUGAUGGGUACGGAGCGCCAGACCAGCGACACCGUGGUGGCAGGGGCUUCCUCGUUUCCGAACUGUGAGCGUGACUCCGUGGCCACCGAUGGAAGUGCGAUGCCGGAGAAAAAUAGUUCUCUCGGCCGGAGCAGUCUGCGCAAUUUGCUGAAGCUACGUAAAGCGUCCGACCAGUCACAGGACACGCGCCGUUCGAGCCAGCAAGACAAAGAGGGUUUGGACCCGGAGUCACUCAUGUUCCGUGAUGGUAGACGUAAAAUCGACAUGAUACUCUGCUACGAGGAGGACGACCAAGGAGUGAUGACCGAAGAGGAAGCUCUGAAACGCCACCAGCGGAAGCUCUUUCACGAAAAUCUCGUCCGCGAAGGGCUGGAAAUUGAGGUGGAAGAUAAAGCGCAGGCGUUCGACGGGAAAACGUACUUUGUGAAGAUUCACAUUCCUUGGCGCACGGAGUCACGGUACGCGGAGGUGAUGAAUCUGAAGCUACCGGUCAAGCGCUUCAUAACCAUCAGCGUGAAGGAAGAGGAAACUGCCCUGCGCCGUCAGCAAAACAAAAUCCUUGGUUAUUGGAACCGGCUGGUGUCGCUGACCGAGUACAACCAUGGACGGAUCGAGAAGGAACCCUCGUUCUAUUCCGCUACAGCGAGCGGUAAUCCGGAGGAACAGUUCAUUGUGAAGGAUCGCUGCACAUCCUACACGAGCGCCCAGCGCAGUCAGAUUGUGAUGCAGAUCCUGAUGCGAACGCGGUUCGACGAAACGGAGAAAGUGAACAACGUUGGCAUUCGGCGACUCCUGAACGAUGGUACCUAUCUGGCGUGCUUCCCACUGCACGAGGGACGUUACGAUAGGGACCACUCGUCCGGAGCGCUGUUCGAUCGUCGGCUCCUCUACCUCGAGUGGGCCCGACCGAUCAAGUGGUACAAAAAGCAACCACUCUGCUUGGUGCGGAAGUACUUUGGCGAUAAAAUCGGACUGUACUUCUGUUGGCUCGGUUUCUACACGAAGAUGCUGUACGCACCGGCGAUCGUUGGAUUGUUUUGCUUUCUGUACGGACUCGCAUCGAUGGAUUCGAGCGAUAACAUCCCGACGAAGGAAAUCUGUGAUGUGAAUGGACCGGGCAAGAUCGUUCUGUGUCCCCUGUGCGAUCAAGCGUGCAGCUAUCAGCAGCUACACGAUUCGUGCUUCUUCGCACAGCUCACCUACCUGUUCGACAAUCCUUCGACCGUGUUUUUCGCCAUAUUCAUGUCGUUCUGGGCCACCACCUUCCUGGAGCUGUGGAAACGGAAGCAAUCGGUGCUGGUGUGGGAGUGGGAUUUGCAGAACAUUGAGAACGAGGAAGACAUGCGGCCCGAGUUCGAGACCACCGUCAAAACGUUCC